UUCGGGGUUGAUGAUGAAGGAUGAUCGUGGGGAGGGAGGAUGGGGUUGGGGACGAGGAGUCGAGGAGCUUCAUGGAGAUGGUGGAGGAGGUGAUGACGAUGAUCGGGGUUUCGACCGCGUCGGAUUUCUUUCCGGCGGUGGCGAGGGUUGUGGACUGGGGAGGGGUGAGGAAGAGGAUGAGGGUGGUGGAUAUAAAGAAGGAGGAGAUGCUUCAGCGGUUGAUUAAUGAGAAGAGGAGGAGGAGGAAGGAAAAGGGGAAGACUGAUCAGAAGAGCAUGCUUGAGGCUUUGUUGGAUUUACAAGAGGAGGAGCCGGAGAAUUACUCAGACCAGAUCAUCAAAGCCAUGAUAGUGGCUUUGUUCUUCGGAGGAACGGACACGUCAUCCGUAACGAUAGAGUGGGCGAUGUCCCUUCUCCUCAACCACCCAGGAGUACUCCACAAGGCCAGAACCGAGAUCGAUUCGCUCGUUGGGAAGGACCAUCGACUGAUCCAAGAACAAGACCUGCCCAAUCUCCCGUACCUCCAAGCAAUCAUCAACGAGACUUUGCGCCUGUAUCCAGCAGCCCCGCUGCUCGCACCCCACAGGUCACACGAAGAGUGCGUAGUAGGAGGCAGCUACCGCGUUCCAAACGGCACAAUACUGCUGGUGAACGCGUGGGCCAUCCAUAGGGACCCUGAGUUAUGGACGGAGCCCGAGGUGUUUAGGCCGGAGAGGUUCGUUGAGGGAGGGGAAGGUACUGUUGGGGGUGGGAUUAAGAUGCUGCCGUUCGGAAUGGGGAGGAGGCGGUGCCCGGGCGAAGUAAUGGCGAUGAGGUUGGUGGGGUUGGCGUUGGGGAUGAUGAUUCAGUGCUUCGAGUGGGAGAGGGAUGGGGAGGGGUUGAUCGAUAUGGAGGAAACCGGGGGGCUUAUACUCCACAAAGCUGAUCCCCUCCGGGUCAUGUAUAGACCUCGACAGAGCAUGGUCGACCUUCUUUCACAGAUCGAAACAUUUUGAUGAUGUACAACCAGUACUUCUCAUAACACAAUCUACAGCCAAGUAAUAUUCUACUGGGUCAUAUCUCAGUGUUUAAUUUUACGUUCAUACUUUCUUUCAUAAUUAAAUAAGUGGUUCGGUUAUUUAUGUGUUC